AUGGCGCCUCGAAGGUCCUCUAGAUUGGCUGCCUUGCAAUCGAGCAACGAGCUCUCCUCCACCGUCAAACCCUCUGCAGCAUCAGCAGAAGCCGGUGCGGCUGCUUUUAAGGCGCCUCAACGGUCGAGCAAGAAAUCGUUCUCUGCAACCAAACGCGCUUCGGCAGCAGCAGUGACCGCCAGGGGCGCUGCUGCAGCUGCAGCUGCUGCUGGUGCCGGCGAGUUGAAGCGGAAGCGAGCAGGGGGGGCAGGGAAGGCGCAAGUACCGGACAGGGCGCUUGAGGUAAGGAGGAAAGGGGGAGGGUGGGGAGGGGAGGAUGGGGAAGAGAGCAGGGGGGGCAGGAAUGGCGCAAAGUACCGGACAGGGCGCUUGAGGAUGUGGACGGGGUUCACACACGUGUAUGGUGUGGAUGAGGCGGGGCGAGGGAGGGCCAGGGUAGCAGGAACCGUUGUAACCCCUCACCCACUCCUCCCCUUCCCACCCCGUUCACCCUCCUUCCAGCAAUCCCUGUGGGCGCGCGGGUUCAAGCACGUGUAUGGGGUGGACGAAGAGGGGCGAGGGCCGCUGGCAGGGUGCAUUCCAACCCCUUACAGGGUGCAUUCCAACCCCUUACAGGGUGCAUUCCAACCCCUUACAGGGUGCAUUCCAACCCCUUACAGGGUGCAUUCUCUCACUCCCCCAUCCCCUACCCCGCAGCAAUCUCUCUGGUCGCGCGGGUUCAAGCACGUGUACGGGGUGGACGAGGCGGGGCGAGGGCCGCUGGCAGGGCCUGUGGUGGCUGCUGCAUGCGCCGUGCCUGCAGGGCUGGUAAUCCCAGGGCCUGUGGUGGCUGCUGCAUGCGCCGUGCCUGCUGGGUUGGUGAUCCCAGGUCUAGCGGACAGCAAGAAGCUCACGGAGAAGCAAAGGGAGGAGAUAUUCGACGCCAUUAUUGGGAAUCCUGACAUUUUCUACGCUGUGGACAUAGUGGGGCCAGCAGAGAUCGAUAAGAUCAACAUCCUGGAGGCAACGAUGCUCGCGAUGGGCAACAGCAUAGCACAGGUUGUCGAAGACCCCAGCAGCCCCUCCCCCGACUAUGUGCUCGUGGAUGGCAACAGGGUGCCCCAAGGGCUGCCGUGCACUGCCGAGGCUGUCAUUAAGGGUGAUGCCACUUGCUAUGCUAUUGCAGCUGCCUCAAUUCUUGCCAAAGUGACAAGGGAUCGACUCAUGCUCAAAUUUGAUAGGCUCUACCCAGCAUACGGAUUCAAGCAACACAAGGGGUACGGCACAGCAGCACACAUGAAAGCGCUCUUGGCUCACGGGCCUUGCCCCAUACAUCGUCGAUCCUUUGCCCCCAUAAAGGACUGGGCUGUUCUUGACGAUAAAUAA